ACCUCUGGUCGUUUCAAUGGCUCAAAAGUCUCCAACACGGCCCCAAUUCCAAGUUCUUCUUCAACUCCAGACAAUGGCGACGAGUGGAGAUCCUGCAGACAUAUCUGUUGGGUUACCCCUUUAAAAUCUGGUGUUAUCAUGGCCUGCCUCUCCGCUAAUACUUUCCAAGUUUUAAGGGCAGCUGGUGGAUGCGGCCGGACUCUCGUAUUUGGAUACCAUUUUACAGCUAAAUCCGAUCUGCCGCUUCUUCCUGUCCUUAGCUCUUGUCCCGCCAUCUCCCUUCUUUGUCGCUCUGCCUCUGCAUCUGGGACGUUUCCGGUGAUGGCUGAGGAGGAGAACAGAGUGUUCGGCGCGAGCGAGGCCUCACUGUUGAUUCGGGAGCUCAGGGACAGCUUCAAGUCAGGCAGGACGAAGAGCUACGACUGGAGGGUUUCCCAGCUCAGAGGCAUCGAGAAGAUGAUCGAGGAGAGGGAGAAGGACAUUAUCCAAGCUCUUUACAUGGACCUCUCGAAGCCUGAGCUCGAAUCAUUCUUCUCCGAGAUUUCCACAUCGAAGUCAUCAUGUAAGAAGGCCCUCAAGGAGUUAAAGAAAUGGAUGAUGCCGGAGAAGGUCAAAACUUCGAUGACGACUUACCCUUCUUCAGCAGAAAUAGUGUCGGAACCACUCGGGGUUGUUCUGGUCAUUUCGGCAUGGAACUAUCCUUUCUUGUUAUCGCUAGACCCAGUUAUAGGAGCUAUAGCUGCGGGCAAUGCUGUCGUAUUAAAACCAUCGGAAAUUGCUCCAGCCACUUCGUCGCUUCUGGCAAGACUACUGGAGGAGUAUUUGGACAAGAGCGCUAUCAGAGUCGUCGAAGGAGCAGUUCCUGAGACAACCGCUCUACUGGACCAGAAGUGGGACAAGAUAAUGUACACAGGCAGUGGUAGAGUGGGUCGAAUAGUUAUGGCUGCUGCUGCGAGGCACCUCACUCCGGUAAUUCUCGAACUCGGAGGAAAAUGCCCAGCCAUCGUUGAUUCAAAUGUCAAGUUAGAGGUCUGUGUGAGGAGGAUAAUAGCAGGAAAAUGGGCUGCUAAUAGCGGGCAAGCUUGCAUCAGUAUUGACUACAUCAUUACGACGAAACAAUUCGCUCCCAAAUUGAUUGAUGCUCUCAAAAAAGGGAUCGAGGAAUCCUUCGGUGAGAAGCCGAUUGAAUCGCCGGACAUGUCUCGUAUAGUGAACGCAUUUCACUUCAAACGUUUGGUAAACCUCUUGGACGAGGAACGGGUCUAUCACAAGAUUGUCCUCGGGGGACAAAGAGAGGAGAAGCUACUAAAGAUUGCUCCGACUGUCCUGUUGGAUGUUCCCGAGGAUUCGCAGAUAAUGCAGGAGGAAAUAUUCGGGCCAAUGCUGCCCAUUCUCACGGUUGAAAAUUUAGAGGAAGGUUUUGAGGUCGUAAACUCGAAACCGAAGCCUCUAGCAGCGUAUCUCUUCACCAACAAUGAACAGCUGAAGAAGGAAUUUGUUCAGAAUGUAUCUGCUGGAGGAAUGCUUGUUAAUGAUGCAAUCCUACAUGUUACUGUUCCAGGAUUGCCUUUUGGUGGGAUCGGUGAGAGCGGGAUUGGUGCAUACCAUGGUAAAUUUUCAUUCGAUGCGUUUAGCCACAAGAAGGGAGUUAUGUACAGAAGUUUCGAGGGAGACUCAUCCGUGAGGUACCCUCCAUACACGCCGAAGAAGCAGAGGCUGUUGAAGGCCCUGAUAAAUGGAAACAUUAUCGGCAUUAUUCUUGCUUUGAUUAGUUGGUACAGGAAAUGAGCGUCAAAUGCUGCAGCCUAUAUGCAUCUUCUCCUCCUGAAUCCCGGAUACGUAUGAAAAGUCGUAGCUGCAUGUGAAUCAAACAUAAAACAUUCACAAAGAAAGAUGGGGCUUAGCGAGAUUAGUCGUCACUAGUUGGGGUGUGCAUGAAUACCGGAUAUAUCCGGAACCGAUUGGAACCUACCCAUUGAGGAUAUGGUCCGUGUAACUUCAAUUGAAAAUCGGGUAGGAUGCGGGUAAUAAUUUAAGAAACCGGUGAAAAUAGGUUUCGAUUUCGUAUAGACUACUCACUGAACAAAUACCUGAGACUUAUAUUUUUUUUGAAAAAUUAUUUUAUAUUGACAUAAUUCUCUAUGUGCAAUGUAAUAGGUACAUAAUCCUAAUGAGAGCUUAUUUGCUUUGUCUA